UAAGGCUUAUCGAAUAUUUAUGCGCCACUAACUUUGGUUAUUGGACAAUUGCAAUUUCGGAAAAUGAUAAUUCACAAUUAGCAAUAAAACAUAUUAUCAAAAGAAGAUUACCAGACUUAAUUCAAAAUUACGGUAAUGAUAUCCCGUUUGAAGCGUAUUUUAUGCAAGAAGUCAAACAUGAAAAUUUAGUAAAAUAUAUAGAUAUACGAGAAACAGAAACUACUUUUCUUUUAAUAACUGAAUUGGAUUGUAGAAUCCGAUCAACAAGCUGGAAAACUCUUCAUCAUUAUCUUCAACAUAAUGGUGCUCUUUUUGAAAAUCAAACAAAAAAUAUAUUCAAACAAAUUAUUGAAUGUGUUUCUUUCAUAUACAAGCAUGGAUUCCGAAAUAUAAACAUAAAUGAUAGAAAUAUUUUAAUCUAUGAAUCUCAGAUUAAACUUUUUAAUUUGGAAAAUCUUAUAUCCGAAGAAUUAAAUGGUGACCUGGCAUAUGAUAUUCAAUAUGAAGACGAUUACAAUAUUUCAUAUGCUUCCCCUGAAAUGAUCUCCGGACAUAAUUAUGAUCCAGAAUUUUCAGAUCUUUGGUCUUUGGGCAUUCUACUUUAUACUAUGAUCCAUGCUGAUGUUCCUUUUAAAAAACCGUUUGAUACGAUGACUAGAACAUUAGUGAUAGAAAAAGAGAUCAGCAAAGAAU